UCCCCUCCCCUUCCAAUCCAUUCCCCUUCCCCCAAAUCCACCCUACCUUGCCGCGCCGCCGCGACAAUCCAUAGAGAUCAUCGAGAGAGGAGUCCACCGGAGCCAUGAGGAGCGGCGGCGACGUCAGGUCCUUCUUCCGGCAGCAGAAGGCCCACGCCGCCGGCGGCGUCAAGCCCACCGGCGGCGUCUCCAAGAAGGCGGCGCUGCCCCGCCACCACCACAAGCCCGCGUCGCAGGCGACGCCAGAUCGCGCCGUCGACGACGCGAGGAGGCACGUCGAGGAGGCGGAGGAGGAGGAGGGGCGGGAGAGGAUGGCUCGGGAGUUCGACAUGGACAUGCGGUACGGGCCCUGCCUCGGCCUCACCCGCGCCCAGCGCUGGCGCCGCGCCGCCGCGCUCGGCCUCGCCCCGCCGCCCGCCGUCAUCGCCGUCUGCUCCGACGACCAGCCGUGCCUCUGGGAGGGCCGCGUCUAGCUCUAGCACCAACACCCGAUCGACCGAUCCGCUUCCAGAAAGUUCUAGUAGCUUGUAUGUGUUUUAAGUAGGAACAGCUUCUCCUCUGCUUCCAUCUGCCACGCCUCGUGGUGCUUGCAUCGACAGUUCAUUUCAAACCGCUGCCUGAUGAGUCAGUGAUCGGUGCCAUCUUGUGUUCUUAUUAUCUGAAAUUUAUGAUGUUGUUCUUCUCCCAGUCGGUAUGAUCUAUGAGACUAUGAUGUUUAUGAACCAUGGCAUUUUGAUUGGAUUAGUACAAACUCUAAAAUCAUGGUAAAUUAAUCCAAACAUUUCAUUC